UAAGGCCAGUUUCCAGCCUGUGAAGAUAGCAAGAGCUCCAAUGAGGCCACAACAGGUAGUCGUCCCCAGUCCACAAUAUUAUCCCCUCAUCUACAACUUAAAAAUUGGAUGAGGUCUGCUGGUGUUAAAAAAAGGAAGGUGGAUGUAGAAGAUUGUGCUGAGACAAAGGAAAAGAAAGACUUGAGCAGUGAUCUGGAAGAGGAGGGUACAGCGUCUGAUAACCAUGAAGAUGAACUGGAAGAACUCCCAGUGAGCUGUACGUGUGAGACUCAUCUCAGCAGAGAGCUUUUUAAUGAGGAGUUUCCUGUUAGCGUAGAUACCCUGUUUGAAUUCCUGUUCACAGAGUCUGACUUCUACAAAAGAGUACAAAAGGAGAGACGAACAAAAGAUCUGGUGUUAAACCCAUGGGAGGUAACAGAAGAUGGUCAACGUAGAAUACUCACUUACACCGUUUCACUCAACCACGCGAUUGGACCCAAAUUUUCACCAACAACAGAACAUCAGCACUGUUUACCGGGAAGUAGUCAGGGAAAGGUGUACGUUGUUCACGUUGAGGUAAAAAACGAUGGUAUUCCAUAUGGCGAUAGUUUUAGUGUUCACUGCAGAUAUUGUUUGACCAAGGCUUCAUCUAUGGCCAGCAGAUUAAGAAUAUCAGCCGAAGUCAACUAUCAGAAGUCAGUAUGGGGGUUUGUUAGAAAUAUGAUAGAGAAGAAUGCAUUGGAAGGUCUUGAAGGCUACUUUAAAUUUUUAGUGGAGAGUCUGAGAAGAGAAACUACAGAAGGACAGUGGCCUAAGAAAAGGAAGACAUCGCCAACCAGGAGACAUAAGAGGAACCGUAGUAUUAAGAACAAGGAAUCCAUGGAGACAGCCACGGAGAAGACUGAGAAGGUACAAUCAGGCUGGUUGCGGAGAUUGUGGCCGAAGACAGCAAUAUCUGGUUUGUUAGGAUUACGGUCCUAUGUGCCGGAAGUUGCGCUGAAAAACCCCCUUGCCUUGCUUGUAACAAUACUGCUUGGAGCGUUGCUUUUGUUGAACUUGGUUCUCGUGUACAAACUGUUUUUACUUGAACGCGCAACUCAAACAGGAAUUUACUGGGAUGGUAGCAUCAAGGAUUUCCCAGCAGAUGCUAAGGAGUGGGCAGAACUCCUCCAACAACAGAAACAUAUCCAACAGAUAGAAAUGAAAAGGUGGCGAGAAGUCCUUGCUUCAUCAAUUCAACUCUUGAAUCAGGUUCAACAGUCACUGGACACUCUAAAGGAGGAGCUGGACAGAGAGCAUACUUCUACUUCUCCAGUACAAACGUGAAGAGUACGCGAAUGGGCAGGAUCAUACCAAAGUCUGAGACAAAAUGUUCGCUGUGAAAGAAGAAUAGUCUGGUACAAGACACUGAUGGGUGGGACCGUGCCGUGGAAGAGUUCCAAGAGUUCCAAGAGUUCCUAACUCAGCAAGUUCCACUGCUGAGUUAGGAAAAUCGUCUUCACUUAGCUGUUGAUAUUUUGGCAAUCCCCAAAAGCAAUUCUCUUUUCGGAAAGGAAAUGAUUCAAAUUAUUUGUUUUUUUUUAAUGUUUCUUUAAUAUUUUCAGACUAAGACAGUUAUUAUUUUUUUCUUUGGUUUAACUGCUUUCUUUGCAUCUUGAGUUCUUCUGUUGAUCAGCUAAAACAGGCGACUUUCUCAUUCCUCUAAUCAUCAAGACUGUAAAUAUAGUACUAGGAACUGUAAUACAUUCGCUAGGAAGGCAAACGAAGAAACCAGUUAUAUUGUGUGUGUAGCAUUCACUAACGGUGUGGUUCGAAAUCAAUUUUAUUUACAAUUCACAAGGCAUUCAAUUCUCUAAUGGAUUUUAACCUUAAAAAUCAAAGAAUUUUAUUUUGUGCGCAAAUUUGUACAAGAUUGACGCCAUAGACUACAAUUCAACGUUAUUCAAGGAUAGAUUUAGCCACUGACUUGAAGUAAAGGAGGCGUUCAUUUAAGGCGGCUGGAAAGAAUUUUUCGCAACGCCUACCGAUUAUAUUCAAAGCGCUUAAAAAAGCAACUUAUCCGCUUCACAGUUAAACACGGUGGGUAUAGCCUGACAAUCACUGUUAUCAUCUUAGCGUUAAGGGGAAAUCCUGUGAGACACUUUUGGGGGACUCGGGAAAACUGUUUGGAGCCACCUUAAUUCAGUUUAAAUUAUACAAGCUAUUCAAUUCAAAGAAAAUCGUAUUGUAUUGAUACAAGAAAAUGCUUAUGUAAGUUGUUGGCCAGAAAUUGUACAGUUUGAUUCCAGGAAGAGUUAUUAGAUGUACCUCUGAGGUCGUUAAAUAAACAUGCAUUAAGUAAA